AUGAUUGAAGACAAUAAGGAAAACAAAGAUCAUUCCAUAGAAAAGGGAAGAGCAACUCUCAUUUUUUCCUUAAAGAAUGAAGUUGGAGGACUUAUAAAAGCACUGAAAAUCUUCCAGGAGAAGCAUGUGAACCUAUUACAUAUUGAGUCCCGAAAAUCAAAGAGAAGAAACUCAGAGUUUGAGAUUUUUGUUGAUUGUGAUAUCAAUAGAGAACAAUUGAAUGAUAUUUUUCAUCUGUUGAAGUCUCAUACUAAUGUUCUCUCUGUGAACCUACCAGAUAAUUUUACUGUGAAGGAAGAUGGUAUGGAAACUGUUCCUUGGUUUCCAAAGAAGAUUUCUGACCUGGACCAUUGUGCUAACAGAGUUCUGAUGUAUGGAUCCGAACUGGAUGCUGACCAUCCUGGCUUCAAAGACAAUGUCUAUCGUAAAAGACGAAAGUAUUUUGCAGACUUGGCUAUGAACUAUAAACAUGGAGACCCCAUUCCUAAUGUUGAAUUUACUGAAGAGGAGAUUAACACCUGGGGAACUGUGUUCCGAGAGCUCAACAAACUUUACCCAACCCAUGCCUGCAGAGAGUACCUCAAAAACUUACCUUUGCUUUCUAAAUACUGUGGAUACCGAGAAGAUAAUAUCCCACAAUUGGAAGAUGUCUCAAACUUUUUAAAAGAGCGCACAGGUUUUUCCAUCCGUCCUGUGGCUGGUUACUUAUCACCAAGAGAUUUCUUAUCAGGUUUAGCCUUUCGAGUUUUUCACUGCACACAGUAUGUGAGACACAGUUCAGAUCCCCUCUAUACCCCAGAGCCAGAUACCUGCCAUGAACUCUUGGGUCAUGUCCCCCUUUUGGCUGAACCUAGUUUUGCUCAGUUCUCCCAAGAAAUUGGCCUGGCUUCUCUUGGAGCUUCAGAAGAGGCUGUUCAAAAACUGGCAACGUGCUACUUCUUCACUGUGGAGUUUGGUCUAUGUAAACAAGAGGGGCAGCUAAGAGUCUUCGGUGCCGGCUUACUUUCUUCCAUCAGUGAACUCAAACACGCACUUUCUGGACGUGCCAAAGUAAAGCCCUUUGAUCCUAAGAUUACCUGCAAACAGGAGUGUCUCAUCACAACUUUUCAGGAUGUCUACUUUGUAUCUGAAAGCUUUGAAGAUGCAAAGGAGAAGAUGAGAGAAUUUACCAAAACAAUCAGGCGUCCAUUUGGAGUGAAGUAUAAUCCGUAUACACGGAGUAUUCAGAUCUUGAAGGACACCAAGAGCAUAACCAGUGCCAUGAAUGAGCUGCAGCAUGAGCUUGAUGUUGUCAGUGAUGCCCUUGCUAAAGUCAGCAGGCAGCUGAGCAUCUGA